AUGGAGUAUACCACCGCCCGUCAUGAUUAUGAAAUGAAAUUAUUCGAAGUCUCAUCUGAAGCGCAGACUGUGCCCAUAUUACUGAAGAAAAGCGAACAACGCAAAAGAGAAAAAGAACUACAAAAGAGAAAAGCAGAAGACAUCUUAGAACAUUUACGUGAUCAUGUCGAUACUAUUGAUCAUGCGAUAUAUACUGAAUACUACAGAGACGAAGUUGGCUUAAAAUUUCAGCCUUGUGCGGUCAUGGAUAACAGAACACUUAAACGACGUGCCGAUGAUAAUGGCAAUUCACAGGUCGAACAGAUGUCAUUGUCGCAAAAUUUGCCUGAAAUUUUUCUGGCAAAUUGA